AAUGCAAUAAAGAGACAAUCCAGCCAGUCAGCCAAAUAUAUGAUAUUAACACAAUCUAAAGAGCAAAGGGGAGUUCCCAAAGUCAUCAAACCCGUCCAACUUUCUCAUUUACAGCUAUAGACCACUGAAAAUGGAUCCUAUUAGGGCUGCUGCUCCAAUGCUAUGGUUUUCCCUUUGCUUUGGGAAUAUUCUGGAGGCAGCGGUACUUGGAUCAUUGCAGUACCCCUCUGGCAUGGAUGAUAACGGGCUUGUUUCACAUCUGGAUGAGCAAGCUCGGAGAAAGCCGACAACGGUGUACAGGAAAAGCCUUCCGAUAAAUGAUACUAUCGUUCCCCAUGACUAUAUGGUCUCUUUAUACAGGACACUAUCUGAGAUAGAGAGCAGACGGCUUAACAGCAGUGCUCCUCAGACCGCAAGACACGCCAACACGGUGACCAGUUUCGUGGAUCGAGGACAAGAUCACUCCUCCUGGGGAAGUGGCCAGCGCUAUCUCUUCGACUUGUCCAGUUUGUCCAGGACAGAUGAGCUUGUGGAGGCAGAAUUGAGGAUCCUGAGAAAGCCAGCGCUGGAAAACCUUCCUGUGCUGUUGGGCGGGAACCUUUAUGAACUCCUUCUCUACACAUGUUCUUCUGUGGGGAACUCUGGGAGACAGCUGCUAGACUCCAUUACAAUUGACAUUCUGGAUGGUGAGCCUUCCAAAUGGGAUGUCUUUGAUGUCUGGGCAAGCAUGAAGGCUCAACGAAGGAGCCAAAGGACAAAAGCAGGCAAAAACCGUCUUGUAGCCUGCUUUGACCUAGUGGUCAUUUCAGAGUUGACCAAAGAGGCAGCCAACCCUCUUACAGUAGGGCUGGCACGCCAGUUUCGGCAGCCCCAGGAGCGAGCUUUGCUCGUGGCUUUUUCUCGAACCCGCAGGAAAGAGAACCUUUUCAAGGAGAUUAGGGAGCAGAUGAAAGCAGUGCGAAGAGAUGUGGGUUCUUUGGAUGUUUUGGAUCUUUCUGAUGUGGUUGCUCACAAACCCAGGCAACGCCGACGACGGACUGCCAUAACCAGCCGAUCUAUAGGUGGAGUUGGAGGGGGAGGUGGGGGAGGCGACAGUGGUGGAGGAGGAGGGAGCGGAAAGGGUGGAGGCAGCGGCCGCAGAAAGACUCGCUGCAGUCGCAGGCCUCUCCACAUUAAUUUCAAAGAGUUGGGCUGGGAUGACUGGAUCAUCGCACCCCUGGAUUACGAGGCACACCACUGUGAGGGUGUGUGCGACUUUCCACUACGCUCACACCUGGAGCCUACGAAUCACGCCAUCAUUCAGACACUUAUGAACUCCAUGGACCCUGACUCCAGCCCACCCAGCUGCUGUGUCCCCUCCAAACUUAGCCCAAUUAGCAUCCUGUACAUCGACUCUGGCAACAAUGUGGUCUACAAGCAAUAUGAGGACAUGGUGGUAGAGAGUUGUGGCUGCAGGUAGCAUAGCAACAGACAGAAGUAAACUAGUUUUGCAUGGCGCAAGUCUUGUUAUUGGACUUUGAACUCUGAAAAAUUUUGCAUUCCUGUUUUGGGCUUGGACUAGCAAAGACAGGAAUCCAAAUGUCUUGUGGAAAAAUCUAUUGGUGGUUUGAUACAUUUACCAACACAAGCCUCAUUUUUCUGUUCCCCUUUAACCAACUGUAUUUUGUGAUUUGCUGAUAAAAAGGUAGAGACGUAUGCUAAAUACUGAUCUGCCUCUGCUUGAGUGGAACAUAUUCUCAUUUGCUGCUUAAUUUAUUAGAAUUUCUCAUUGAAUUGCUAAUUUGAUGACCUCUUUAGCAGAAAUGUACUCAUAAUAUGCUCUGGUUAAUCUUUGUGUCUAUUUCUCAGAAAGUUGUUCCAUGCUGCCAACUUUAAAAUAUUCCAUUCAUAAACAACUGCUAUUCUUAAACUUGGGUUCUACAAAAUUAUUAGUCAGUUAUGAUAGGCUGUAACAUAAAAAUAAAUCAGGCAUUUUGAUGCUUUACUGUAGAGGAAAAUCGAGGAUAAAGGAAGAUGUUUUUGCUUGAAUAGCAGUGGGCCAGAUAUGAACCCAUGCUGCAGCAGUACGUGCUUCAUGUAUACAUGAUACAGCAUGUUAGGCUUCUGGACUACCCUUGGCCACUCAGCCAUUACUUUUUAUAUUCUGACCAGCUAUAUGCCCACAAGAAAGGGACAUAUUGCUUUGUAAUUAUAUUUGAUAUCCUUAACUAUCUGAACACAUAGUAAGAUAUGUCCACUCAAUUCCACUGUGUAUGCUGUUAACUAAGAAAACAUGUAUGGGACACAACAUGUAAGGACACAAUCACUUGGUACUUCUUACUUAAGACCGAACAAUCAUUUCUUGGACAUUAUCAAAUGAGAGGUUUUGUAGAUAUUUGUUGUUUCCAGUAUUGUGAGCAAUCUGGAUAUUGUUAUACAUCUGUUUCGCAGGACAGAAAACAUUUCCCAUUUUAUGGAAUCAUCUGCUGUAGAAACCUGUUUUGUUAGGGAUAUGGUAAAGGACCCAUUUAAACAGUUAACAAAAUGGCUGUGUGUCAUAAUGCAUUUUAUUUCAUUAAUGUCAUUACUUUGCUAAUGUCAGAGGUAUUUGAUAUGAAACAUUUAACAAGAGGUAUGUAUGAAAAGAGACUAUGAAAAUUUGAAAGAUGGCAUGACUCUUGAAGAUGAAUUUAUUACCAUGUACAACUGAGAAACGUUUAUUUACUGCAGCUGGUAAUGUAUAUGACUUAAACAUUAAGAUACAAUGCUCACUAUCAUUGAUAUGGUGAUACUGUUCCCUUUAAAUAUAAUGUCCAAAAUUAUACACUGUAGUUCAGGGAAACAAAACAUUGAAAUACACUAUUUUGUACUCCAAGUACUAAAUUAUCAAAGCAUAUUAUUUUGAAAAAAUAAUCUUGAUCACACAGCCUUAUGUCAGUC